GCGUUCACCCCGAUAUUAGGGUAUUUUGCCAAUGUCAAGUAUUGUCAAGUUAGAAAUUUGUAUUGGAAUAUUUUGUUUGUUGUUUAUUUUGUUUUCAAUUAAAGUGGAAUUAAAAAAAAAUCUUUCUUUGCGUGUUAAUUUAAAUUUAAAAAUGGUUUGUUAUUGCUGUGUAAAGGGCUGCGGUAACAAUAGUAAUAAUAAAAAGAAAAAUCCAAGUAGUAACACUUCUUUUCAUGCGUUCCCAUCCAACCAAGAGCUCCGAAUGAAAUGGUUGAAAGCAAUCGGGCGGCCUAACUGGGAUCCUCCAAGUCACGCGCGCAUUUGUAGCGCACAUUUCAACUACGACCAGAUCAACCAUGACAGCUGUCGCAUCAGGAUCAAGGAUGAUGCAUGUCCUGUAAAUGCAUUGCCUCCCAACUCAAACUUUGAAGCUUCAUUCAUAGAGGUGUGCAGAAUCUGCCUGGCAACUGACCUGAAGAUGUACAGUUUGGAGAAUGGUAUACUGAAGAGUUGCAUGGAAUCAAUAGCUGGAUUUAAUGAAAACUAUAAUAUAGAAGGACUACCCCAGUUUAUUUGUUUUGAGUGUGCCGCUCAUCUGAUAAAGUGCUAUAAUCUUAUAGAAAAAAGUAUGACAGCUCAAGCAACAUUGCUGGACAUUUUUGCUCUAAAUGGCCAUAUAACGAAAACUCUUAUCAAAACUAAAAAUAGAGAAAACUUAAAUCUUAAAUCAAAUUUAAAAUAUAAUGGUGUAGUACCAACUUAUUUAUUCGAAUAUAAAUAUGAUGAUAUUAAUGAAACAUCAUUAUUAACUAAUACUGAAUUUUUAGUGGAAGAUCACAAAUUAAAUGAUUGUGCAGCUAAAACUAAAAGUCAUGUAGACAAUGAUUUAAAAAAAGGUAUGCAAUAUCACAAUAUUGAAAAUAAAAUAAAUAAAACAAAUGAUGAAUAUUCGAUAGAGGAUGAUUUUGAUGGAGGCGAUGAAACUCAAAAUUAUGAUAGUGAUAAUGAAACAAUUGAAAAUAUACAAGUUAUGAAUAUAAAAUCAAGUGGUGGUGAAGAAUUAGUUGCAAAUGUAUUGGACACAAAUGAGUAUACUGACAAAAAUAUAAUUCAAGAGAAAUCUUUUAAACGACAGCAGAAUAAAGAAGAAGAGAAGUGUAAUAGAAAAUCCUUAGGUGGCUUUACACCCAAUGAAGUCAGCAUGCAGAAAUAUUUCAAUAUCGUCAAACUAACUCCACAAGAGCAAAUAGAGGAAUGGAAGAAAACAAUGGAGAAUCGACCGUGGAAAAGCAACGCAGUAUACAAAUGUGAAGUAUGCUCGAAAAUAUUCGCCCACGUCAAUACAUACCGUUCGCAUGUGACACGCCAUGACCCAAGUCGUGGCAAAGCCGAAUGCCCAGUAUGUAAAUUACGUUUCAAGAACGACGUUGUGGUCAGAUCUCAUGCCAAUCGUAUCCACGGCAAGAAAUUCCAUUGCAAAUCGUGUUCUAAAGUGUUUAGUAACGUAGGAGUCGCAAAAAAGCAUCAGAAAUGGCACUCGGGGUACAAGUACGCGUGCAGCCGCUGUCCCUUCCGUAGUGUUCACGAGUCGUCGCUGGGCGUGCACGUGCGGCGCCAGCACCAGCACGGCCUCGCGUGCGCGCGCUGCGGCCGCGCCGCCGCCUCGCGCCGCGCGCUGCGCCUGCACCGCGCCGCCGCGCACGCCGCGCCGCAGAAAAGUGAAGACAGUGAAGCUUUUCCAUGUGAGGAGUGCAACCUAAGCUUUAAUUCUGAAGGCGCACGUCGCGUACACAUACUGACGUCGAAACAGCACAGGCGGAAAAAUAAUUUACAUAUCCCUAGUCCUCAAGAUCUCGUACCUAAAAAUACAUGCAAAUUUUGCGGCGUGGAGUUUUCGACUGCGGCCGAGGUGGUCAGACAUAUCCGCACUGAACACCGGAGGGUCCAGAAGAAAACCGGCUGGCGGCUACCUGACGACUCGUACCCGACGCAGUGCGAACAUUGUGACGUGUGCGUGGACUCCCGCGGCGAGCACUGGCGGCACGUGCGGCGGCAUCACCCGCGGCUCGUGGCUGCAUACCGCCGCGUCGUCACCGCUGUAUGCCACGCCUGCGGCAAGGGUUUCCAGAACAGUACGAAGCUGCAGCUGCACGCGCUGCGGCACGCCGGGCCGACGCUGCGCUGCUCGCAGUGCGAGCGUAUGUUCUACGACAAGUACGCGCUCGCGCGCCACGCCGCCGCGCACAGCGCCGCGCGGCCGCACGCCUGCCGCACGUGUGGCCGCGCCUUUAAACUGCGCGCCAACCUGCAGCGACAUGCGAGGGUACAUAGUGGAUUGACUCCGUAUGAGUGUACAAUGUGCGGCAAAAAGUUCAAGUACUCGACGAGUGUAAACCUUCACGUACGCACGGUACACUACAAACUGCCGCAUCCGCCCAGAAAGAAGAGAACCAAUAAAUCUGCUAUAAAUAUAGAUGAUAAUAAUAUUGUUACGUGAAAUUAACUUAUGUUUUUUAAUAAACAAAUUUUAACGCAAAUAAAUUAUAAUUCAAC